AUUGGCUGUGAAAGACGGCGGCUCCUAUUGGUGCAACGUGAUGUCAGUUUAAAGACGCACCGAGGCGCUUGUUGAGUGUACGACUUCAUCCCGGAAGGGCGGUGCUCACAGGUUAACACGCGCCUCCGCCCGCUCGGGACGUUCCAGGCUGAAAUCAAACACCUGCGAAUGUGUCAAGUGCGUCUCGGCUGAAUUCAGCGCGUUUAAACUUCACAGGAGGACGCGGUUCAGGUCACGGUCGAGCAGCACGGAGCAGUCUGUGCUCAGUUCUGAAUAAUCCCCACUUCCAAGCAUCAUUUAACAAAGGCAUGAUCUUUUGGAGGAGACAGACAGCUUUAUCUUCCGGCCAGAUGGGAGUGAAGAGGCUUCACGGUAGCCUGCUGCUGCUGCUGGCUGUUUGGCUGUGGAGCGCGUUGGCUGUUCAGGUGCACAGCUGUCCAGAUGCCUGCAGGAAGUGUUCAGGACCGGAAAGUGACCAGUGUGAGGAAUGCAGAGCUGGAUGGACGCUACAUGGAAACACCUGUGUAGAUGUUGAUGAGUGUGGCACCGAGCUGGGUCGCUGCCUCCCAAACAGUUACUGCUUUAACACAGAAGGAUCCUUUGAGUGCAGAGGUUGUGAUGCGGCCUGUGCGGGCUGCAUGGGUAGUGGACCGGCUCGCUGCAGGAAAUGUGCCUCAGGCUACCGACUGACAGGGUCCAAGUGUUUGGAUGUAGAUGAAUGCAGUGACCGCAUACUUGCCUGUCACGGUCUGGAUGAGAUUUGCGCCAACACCGAAGGCUCUUUCCGCUGUGACUGCGCCGAAGGAUUCAUCCGCAAGGACAGAGUUUGUGUGAAGAAGCAGCAGCCGAUCGUCCAGGAGAAAGGCCUGUUCGAGGACAUCCAGGACGAGGAGGUGGAGGUGCUGCAGCAGAUGUUCUUUGGGGUGGUGCUUUGUGCUCUGGCCACGCUCGCAGCAAAGGGAGACAUGGUCUAUACGUCUGUGUUCAUGGGGGCGCUGGCAGCCAUGGCGGGUUACUGGCUUUCUGACAGAGGAGACCGUUUGAUAGACAGCUUCCUAAAGGGACGCUAAAGCUCCAAACAAAAGACAGUUCUUAUGUACCAGUGUGGCCAAGUUCAGACAAAGCAGGUGAGUCUUCCAGUGGAGUCAUUAUGGACAAUAUCUGUUAUUUAAAAAAAGACUUGGUUGCUCCAGCUAUUUAUUUAUUCUUCUUCUAGUCAGAGGCAGGAUAAAAUUGUUUUUAAGUGCUGUUUUUUUUGUGCUUUCUUUUUGGGAAUUUGCAAAUUCAGUGCCUCGAGUGUGGAAUAAGAACAAUACGUUUGCCCAAAGUCUGGUGUAAGUUCAGAAAGCAGACGACAGUAAUUUAAUGCCAAACAUGAAUGUAUUGAAAAAUGAAGUUUUUACCUUGCCAACAUG